GGGNAGAGGGAUAUGCAGCUCAUUGCCCUGGAGCAGCUCUGCAUGCUGCUCCUCAUGUCGGACAAUGUUGAUCGCUGCUUUGAGUCUUGUCCUCCCAGAACCUUUCUUCCAGCACUAUGUAGGAUAUUUCUGGACUGCGAGGCUCCAGAUCAGGUUCUAGAGGUUACUGCUCGAGGUAUCACCUACUAUCUAGAUGUUUCUGCUGAAUGUACAAGGCGCAUUGUGGCAGUGGAGGGGGCUAUUAAAGCAAUGUGCACUAGACUAGAGGUGGUUGAUCUUAGUAACAGGACUAGCAGAGAUCUGGCAGAACAGUGUAUUAAGGUUCUGGAGUUAGUUUGCACGAGAGAGGCUGGUCCAGUGUUUGAAGCCGGGGGAUUAUCCUGUGUUCUAAACUUCAUCAGGGACAGUGGUUCCCAGAUUCACAAGGAUACCCUUCAUUCAGCAAUGUGUGUAGUAUCAAGGUUGUGUUCUAAGAUGGAAUCCCAGGAUAGUUGUCUAGGUGGUGUUGAAUCUAUCUAUCUAUACACUACUAAAUAUUGUCUAGGUUGUGUUUUUAUUUCCCCAGUUGUGCCCCUCCCUAUGAAUAAAGACAAUUCGCGCCCACUUUUAUAA